AUGCCGCCAAAAACCAGAAGCAGCGGCCCCCCUUCGCCGCCGCCGCCGCCGCCGCCGACUGGCCCCACCGUAGAAACCCGAGGCGCCGCCGCCAAAAGAAAGUCCAUCGCCGAAGACGCCGCCGAGAUCCACGACAUCUCUGACGAUAGCCUAAAACAUCUCCCUCCCAAGAAGAGGAAGAAAACCUCCGCCUCCAAUUCCGAAGCGUCCACCUCCGGCACCGCCACGGCCUCCACUUCCUCCGCCGCCGUAGAAUCCGCCCCCGCCGCCGCCGCACCAGCCGGCGACGCCCGAUCGAUUAUAAUCGAGCACGGUCAGGAGAUCAGGACGUUCAAAGCCAAGGCCACUAGAAUCGAGAAUGGGCUGAAAAUAGCAAUCCCCGGAAUAGCGGUUCAGCGGAACCCGGUCGGACCGGUGCAGAAGUCUUUCCGGAUUCGGGAGGCCGUCGCCGGCGACGGCGAUGCAGGAGACGACGGGCAGACCUUUUUGUCUCUGAUGGCUAUGGAGCCGCCGUUUCAGCCGCUCAAGGACCUCAACGUCGAGGAGGUCGUCGCCGAUAUUGUCGAAAAGUUACAAUUGUAG